UCCCGUCUUUCCCGCCUCAGAACAUUUCCCGCUCGGAGCAAAACCCUAACGAGCACAAAUGGGGACGAAGCAUCAGUCCUCCUCCGAUUCAAUCAGCGAUCCCAAAAAGCGCCGUCGCGUGGGAUUCUCUAAGACCGAUGCUGGAAUUGAAGCUAACGACUGCAUUACUAUAUACAUAGUUUCUAGCGCAGAGGAUGUUGACUCCCCAAACAGUUUCUGUCUUGAACCAAUUGACUUGAAUCAAUUUUUUGAAGACGAUGGCAGAAUAUUUGGGUAUCAGGGUCUGAAGAUCACUAUAUGGGUUAACUUGAUAUCCUUUCAUGCCUAUGCUGAUAUUUCUUUUGAAAGCUCAUCAGAUGGUGGCAGAGGAAUCACAAACGUAAAGUCUGCCCUUCAGAAUAUUUUUGCUGAGAGUCUUGUUGAUGAAAAAGAUGCCUUCCUGCAAACAUUUUCAACUGAAAGUCAUUAUGUUCGGUCUGUUGUCUCAAAUGCUGAAACACUGCAGCAUAAAGUUUCAAAUGGCUGUAGCACUGAAUCUAAUUGUCUUUUGAAAUCAGAGCCUUCAGAUGUAGAGGUAUUCCGGAUCGCUGGCACGCCUGUAGGACACCUUUAUAGUAGAUUGGUGCCACUUGUACUACUCUUAGUGGAUGGUAGCAAUCCUAUUGACGUCCUUGAUCCUAGAUGGGAAAUUUAUCUCCUAGUCCAGGAAAGGAAAGAUACCCAGGAGGAUCGCCUUUCAAGGUUGCUUGGUUUUGCAGCUGUUUAUCGUUUCCAUCGUUAUCCUGGAAGUACACGCAUGCGACUUGGGCAGAUACUGGUUAUGCCUCCUUACCAACGUAAAGGUUAUGGUCGUUUUCUUCUUGAGGUGCUGAACAGGGUUGCAGUAUCUGAAAAUGUGUAUGACCUGACUAUUGAAGAGCCUGAGGAUUCUCUUCAAUAUGUUCGAUUGUGCAUUGAUGUUGAGCGUUUGCUUGUAUUUGACCCAAUCCAGCAAUCCCUAGAAUCAGUUGUAUCACAUUUAAAGCAGGAAAAUUCUUUGAAAAAAAGCUACAUGUGCAAGUAUGCUCCACCACUGAGUGCUGUCGAAGAUGUGAGGAAAACUUUGAAAAUCAACAAGAAGCAGUUUGAGCAAUGUUGGGAGAUUCUUAUCUAUCUUGGGUUGGCCCCAAUUAACAAAUAUAUGGAGAUAUACCAGGCAAUUGUUUCACACCGAGUAAAGGCUGAAGUUGUAGGGAAAGAUUCAGAGGGUGCGGGGAAGCAGGUGAUUGAUGUACCAACUGAAUAUGAUCAGCAGAUGUCAUUUGUGAUGUUCAAAUCGCAGAAUGGUGAAUCUAGUAGCAUAGAGACGGCUGCCAAUCAAAGUAUUGUGGAGGAGCAGCUGCAGAAACUGGUGGAUAAACGAAUGAAUCAGAUCAAGUUGAUUGCUGAGAAGGUUUCUGCUGUUCAUCGGCAAUGAAGACAAAUGCAGCUGCUAUUUUCACAUCCUAACAAAUGCAUAUUCCAAGGUGUUGAUGCAGAGGUUUUGGAAAUGAAAAAGGAGUGGCUGUACAUGAACUGAGCUGUACUUUACCAAGGUUAAAUUAGUUUAGUCUUUCAAUUAUGUCUGACUUGUUUACUUAAUGCGUGAACUAAUUGGAUAUGAGGCAGCAUUCUGCAUUCUCCCUCGAUUCUUUUACUGAUUUAUUUAUCUUGUAGUUUAGAGUAA